AUCCCAUUAAAAAUCUACUGUUGGAUUGAUGGAAAGGCCAAAACAGAUCUAAUGCAGUACUGGUUCUUAUUCCAUGAAUCCGUUUGUCUCCUGUAGUUGUUGUUAGGCCUACGAAUUUAAGGCUGACAUAAGCUAAAAAAAAUCCAAAUCCACGAAAAUGAUUUUAAAACAAGAACAGUUUUCAGCUAAUAAUGUCCCACCAUGCAGCUCUUUUGCAGAUUCUUUCGUGGGGGGUGCUAGCAUUAAUGCCAGUAACCUGCGGAACUCUUCCUACCCAAAUGGCAUGCAUUUUGCUCAGCAACCUUGGAGCAUCCUUCACCGAAGUUGCAAGCGACGCUCUCGUUGCUGAAUUCAGUGAAAAACAGAAAGUGGGGGAGCUCCAAUCCUAUGCAUUCAUGGCACUCGCAGCAGGAGGCAUCUUAGGCAAUCUGUCUGGAGGAUUUUUCGUACAGAGAACCCAACAACCCAAGAUCAUGUCUCUCAUAUUUUCUCUUCUUUCCUUCCAACUAGUAGCGUCGUUAACUACCAGAGAGAAUUCCAUCGAUUCUCCACAAAUGUUGGAUCAUCAUCUCAUAGACAGCUCCAUAUCAGGAAAUCUAAGAAAAAAGUUCACUGAGCUGAGCAUAGCAAUUGGCGAAGACAGAAUACUCCGUCCCCUUUCUUGGGUUGUAGCUUCCAUUGCUGUUGUUCCAAUGCUAUCUGGAACCAUCUUCUGCUACCAAACACAGUGCCUAAAGAUCGACCCUUCAAUCAUUGCAAUGUCGAAAGUGAUUGGGCAGUUGAUGGUUUUAUCUGCAACGGUCGCCUACAACAGAUACUUGAAACAAUUUCCCAUGCAAAACCUGGUAUGUUGGAUGCAGAUAACAUAUGCAUUCUCAAUUCUAUCAGAUAUCUUCCUAGUGAAACAGUUCAAUGUGAAGCUAGGCAUUUCGAAUGAGGCCUACAUACUGUGCAUGUCGGCUUUGGCAGAAGCUGUGGCCCAGUUUAAGCUCCUCCCUUUCUCAGUGCUGUUUGCAAACUUAUGCCCACCGGGAUGCGAAGGAUCGCUCAUUGCUUUCUUGGCUUCAGCUCUCUGUCUGUCUUCAAUAUUUAGCGGGUUUCUUGGUAUUGGGUUUGCUAAUCUGAUCCGGAUAUCGCCAGAGAACUACUCGAAAUUGCCUCUGGGGAUUCUCCUGCAGUUUUUGGCGGCAUUGGCACCUAUGGCAUGGAUAUCUCACAUACCCGUUUCACAAGCAGUAGAGAAGAUGAAGAGGAGAAUCAAGAGGAGUAGAAGGAAGGUGCUUUUGCCUUCUGGCAAUGAAGAGAAGUGAAUACAACAGUGCCAUAAUCAUAGAAUAGUUCGUAAUGGAAUAUGGAUCCUGUUCUUAAAAUCAAGGAUUGAGAGAGAGAGAGAG